CCAAGCUGUCAUAUCUUUUAUUUGGUCCAAAAAAAAAGAAAAAAAAAGAAAAGCAGCGCUGCUCCAUUCAAGCACCUCCGAACCCUAUUUUGGUUUGGUCGCUGUAAUGGGCUUAUGGGGGGUUUUGUUUGGGUUUUUUUUGUCAGGUGCAAGUCUUUGUACUGCUUUAAAAAACUUCAACACCACUAGCACCCCAAAUGCAAGAGUGUGGACAUGGACACCACUGCCAACGCAGCCAAUGUCAACAGAUCAUCAGUCAAACAGGACGGAGCCCAGCAAACAAGAUCCAUUCCCUGCCAGCCGGCGGCUCUGGAUCCAUCAGUUGAAGAGGCCCGCCGUUGAAGAGCGUGCAAAGAUUCUGCAAAUACAGCAAGCCAGUGAGCCGCAGCCCUCUUUCCAGGAUCACGUUGUAAAGACCCUAAUUCAAGGCCCGGAUCUUGAGCCGCCCACUGAGGUGGAUCCCAAGAUGGUGGUUGACUUAAGGGAGUGGAUUCCUGUGCCAGCCGACAGCCUGGCGGUGCAAUGUGGUGAGGGAGAGGUCAUCAUCGAGGUCAAGCGGAACUUCUUAGGAAACGGUCAGCUGAUUCAUCCGAGUGAUCUGACCUUAGGAGGCUGCAGCCUGCUAGACGUAGCCGAUGACAUGCUACGCUUCCAGACAGAGCUUCACAGCUGUGGCAGCACAAAGAAGAUGACAGAAGAAGCCCUCAUCUACACCUUUUUGCUCACCUACGUUCCAACACCAGUUGGCAGCACCUCAAUUUUUAAGACGAACCCUUCAGAGGUGCUAAUUGAAUGCCACUAUCCAAGGAGGCACCAGGUCAGCAGCGAUUCCAUUGCGCCUCAUUGGCAGGAGUUUGCAUCCAGCCUGUUAACAGAGCAACAGCUCCACUUCUCCCUGAGGCUCAUGACAGAGGAGUGGCAGUUGCAGAGGACCACCGGUGUCUACGUCGUGGGCGAGAUGAUGCAAAUUGAAGCCUCAGCCCCCCAGGGCCAUCAUGUUCCGCUGAGGGUCUAUGUUGACAGCUGCGUGGCCACGAUGAGCGCCUCCCCAAAUUCUCAGCCAUCGUAUGUCUUUGUCGACAAUCAUGGGUGUCUAAUGGAUGCGAAGCUGACGGGCGACAAGUCAUACUUCAUGCAGAGAAGCAGUGAGAAUAAACUUGCUUUCCAGCUGAAAGCCUUCACUUUCCACCAAGAUGACAAGAAUUCGCUUUACAUCACAUGUCUGCUGAAAGCAACGACAGUAUCUGCUCCAGUCAACUCGCAGCACAAAGCCUGUUCAUUUUUAGCCGAAGCCAAAAGGUGGGUGGCCUCAGGUGGGGACAACAAGGUGUGUAGCUGCUGUGAAAGCAGCUGCAGUGAGCAGAGACGGAGAAGGGACCUUGGAGAGGAUGCUGCGGCAGGUCUACUUCCCCAUGUGCAGUGGGAGGGGACAGCGCAUCUUGGCCUUAUCCAAGUGGAGGCGGAGAAUGUGACGCAGCCAGAAACUUGUUCUUCUCGUCAGAUACCAGAAGUCGCACGAGCUGCUUCCUCCCGAUCUUUAGCCACUAUAUGUACAGUGCUGGCCGGGCUGCUGCUUGCUGUCAUUGGCGCUGCCAUCUGCAGCGGAAUGCACAAACCCACUGUAAAGGUUUGUAUCUGAGGAAAAUAAAGGAUUGUGCCAAA